AUUUCUUCGACCGUCGCAGAAUUACAUUCUUCUAACACAAGUUCCCGGCGAGUCAAACUUCUUCUCCGCCGCAACGGCACUUUGAUGGAAUCGAAGAUUACGACCGCUUCUCCUCCUCCAAACCCUCUCUUCUGCUUGAAAUGGCCAUGGGACUCUCCAAACAAACAACCCAAAUCUCCAAGCGUCUGCGACUUUCAAUCCCCCUGGCUAUUCAGAUCUAUGCAAAGCGUCGGUUCCUUCGCUCUCACCUCCUUCAACUCGCUCGGGCUCGAUCUAAAACCCCCAAAGAAGAAGCCUUUAAGCGCUUCCGAGCAAGGAGAAGCAGAACAGAGAGCCUUCGCGGCUGCGUUGGCUAGCCAGAAGGAUGCAACUGUGCUCGAGUUUUACUCGCCGAAGUGCAGACUCUGCAACUCUCUGCUCAACUUCGUCUUGGAGGUUGAGAAAAGGAACUCGAAUUGGCUUAGUGUUACCAUGGCUGAUGCGGAGAACGAGAAGUGGUUUCCCGAGCUUCUUCAUUAUGACAUAAAGUAUGUUCCUUGCUUUGUUUUGUUGGACAAAAAUGGACAAGCUUUGGCUAAGACGGGUGUUCCUAGUAGCCGUGCUCAUGUUAUUGCCGGUAUCUCUCAUCUUCUUAAGAUGAAGCGGCCACCUACAGUCUGAGAUUAUGGUUGUGGAUGGUUUGUUUCUGGUGUACCAAAUAUCAUUUACUAAUGUUGUGGAAGGUUACGGUGAUAAUAGAUGUUUUUGUUGUAUAGAUGCCAAUCUCUAUUACUCACUGUUGGUUCUUUCUGUUGUCUUGGCUCACUUUGAAUUGAGAAGUAGUAUUUGUGACU